AUGGUAAUCGGCGCCGUCUGGCGCCAUCUUGUCCCAGACAGGCCAAAGGAACCAUCAGAAUUUGAUGAUUACCUUUCAAAGAAUGAACGAAAAAACAUUGCAUGUGUUGGAGAUAUAGGAAGGAAUCAUCUCACGUUUGCGCCAGUUUUUGAUGAUUGCAUCAUCAUGCUUUCUAUCAAUCCAAAGGUUCCAAUAAAAAGUAUGCGACAACGUCUAUAUUCAAAUCAUCCGAUUCAUCGUAAACUGAAAGAAACUAGAAUGACUAGCCAAAGUGGAAAAUUUAUGAAUGUACAGUUAACUUCACUUACUGUCACCCAAUGUCUCAUUACGGCUUUUCGAGUUCAGACUUUGUUGAGUCGAAACUUCAUGAUUUGCAAAAAUCUGACAUAUACUUCAUACGUCAAUGCAGUGAGUCAUAAUGUCGUCUCAAGAUUGCAAUGGUAG